AGUUGUGAUCUGCCCAGUAAGCAGGUGGCAGUGCAGCAACCGCCCUGCCUUCAGUGUUUCUUGGGGAUGGAAGGGGAAGCAGGCACUCCAGGACCACUUUCCUGAAGUUCACAGCCAUCUAGUUGUUCUGCGUGGAACAGUCCGGGAACUGGAGGCCACCAUCAUGGAGCAAGGGCUGGAGGUGGCCCUCGUAGACCUCCAGAGCUCCCGGAACAACCUGCGGCACCACACGGAGGAGAUCAGCGUGGGCCGCCUCCUCGUCCGCCGGGGCCAGCCCUUCUACGUCACUCUGUACUUCAGGAACCGGGGCUUCCACCCCAAGUGGGACAACAUCAUCUUCGUGACUGAGACUGGACCCCUCCCAGACCUGGCCAGCGGGACCCGGGCCCUGUUCAGCCUGGCCGGGCGGCACGGCCCCAGCCCCUGGAUCGCUUCACUGGAGGCCAAUGGGGCCACCUCCUUGGAGGUGAGUCUGUACGCCCCUCCCACGGCAGCUGUGGGUCGGUACCUCUUGAAAAUUCACAUCGACUCCUUCCAGAGGUCUGUCACUGCCUACCAGCUUGGGGAGUUCAUCCUGCUCUUCAAUCCCUGGUGCCCAGGGGACUCUGUCUACUUGGACAGCGAGCCCCAGAGGCAGGAGUAUGUUGUGAAUGACUAUGGAUUCAUCUACCAAGGGAACAAGAACUGGAUCCGCCCUUGCCCCUGGAACUAUGGACAGUUUGAAGAGAAUAUCAUAGAUAUCUGCCUGGAGCUGCUAGACAAGAGCCUGAACUUCCAGUUCGACCCAGCCACAGACUGUGCCCUGCGAGGAAGCCCCGUGUACAUCAGCAGAGUGGUGUCUGCCAUGAUCAACAGCAAUGAUGACAAUGGGGUGCUCAAUGGAAACUGGAGUGAGAAUUACUCAGACGGUGUCAACCCUGCAGAGUGGACAGGCAGUGUGGCCAUCCUGAAACAGUGGCAUGCCACAGGCUGCCAGCCGGUGCGCUAUGGGCAGUGCUGGGUCUUUGCGGCCAUCAUGUGCACAGUGAUGAGGUGCCUGGGGAUCCCCACACGCGUGAUCACCAACUUUGACUCUGGCCACGACACCGACGGGAACCUGAUCAUAGAUGAGUAUUAUGACAGCACAGGCAGGAUUUUGGAGAAUAAGAAGAAGGACACCGUCUGGAAUUUCCAUGUCUGGAAUGAAUGCUGGAUGGCCCGAAACGACCUCCCUCCCGGAUACGGAGGCUGGCAGGUGCUGGACGCCACGCCUCAGGAGACAAGCAACGGCCUGUACUGCUGCGGCCCUGCCUCCGUUAGAGCCAUCAGAGAGGGAGAGGUGGAUCUGAACUACGACACGGCCUUUGCCUUUUCCAUGGUGAAUGCCGACUGCAUGUCUUGGCUUGUCUAUGGAGGGAAGGAGCAGAUCCUUCACCAGAACACAAGUUCUGUUGGCAAUUUUAUUAGCACCAAGGGCAUCCUGAGCAACGAGAGGGAUGACAUCACGGAGAACUACAAGUACAGAGAAGGUUCCCCCCAGGAAAGGCAGGUGUUUCUGAAGGCUCUGCAUAAGCUGAAGUUUGGAAGGUCCCAGGGCCCCGGCCAAGCAGUCUCACAACCUCCUGGGUCGAUGCCGGUGGGCAGCAAUGAGCCUUGGAGCCUGGGCGCGCCUUCCCGUCGGCCCAGUGAUGUUGUCCAGGUCUCCCUGAAAUUCCAGCUGCUUGACCCACCCAACAUGGGCCAGGACAUAAGGUUUUCCCUGCUGGCCCUCAACAUGUCAGCACAGUUCAAGGACCUCAAAGUGAACCUGAGUGCCCAGUCCCUGCUGCAUGAUGGCAGCCCCCUGCCCCCAUUCUGGCAGGACACAGCCUUCAUCACACUCUCUCCUGAAGAAGCAAAGACCUAUCCCUGCAAAAUUCCUUAUUCCCAGUACAGCCAAUAUCUGUCGACGGACAAGGUGAUCCGCAUCAGUGCCCUGGGUGAAGAGAAAAACAGUCCUGAGAAGAUACUGGUGAACAAGAUCAUCACCUUAACCUAUCCGGGCAUCAUGAUUAAUGUUUUAGGAGCAGCCAUUGUGAACCAGCCACUCUCCAUACAGGUGCUCUUCUCAAACCCCCUCUCGGAGCAGGUCGCGGACUGCGUGCUGACUGUGGAAGGAAGCGGUCUCUUCAGGAAACAGCAGAGAGUCCUCAUUGGACUCCUCAAACCCCAGCACAGGGCCAGCAUUGUUCUGGAGACUAUCCCCUUCAAGAGUGGCCAAAGGCAGAUCCAAGCUAAUCUGAGGAGCAACAAGUUUAAGGACAUCAAGGGUUACAAGAAUGUCUAUGUACACUUUAGGUUAUAAAUUCUGGGACAAUGAGCUUGGUGCAUAGAUUUUAAGCUUCAGGAAAAGGAUCAAGUUCAAAUGCAAGCUAUGCCAUUCCCCCACCACAACAGAGGCUUUGCAGGGAUCUGACGUGAGCAGCAGAGGACACCAGUGAUGAAUAAUCCCCUGGACCAUUUACACAGCUCCCCAGGACUCUGUUCAGAGCCCAGGGACUCACACACCCAGAAGUGUGAGAUGGCACAGAGGUCUGAGGACACUGAUUGGACUUGGCUAUGACUUAACUGCCAUCCAGAUGUCAAGAAAAGAAGAUGGGAUGAGCAGCUCACUGUCAUUUUAUCAUUGCAAUGGCUAAUGUUCUAGUAUUCAGUCCUUGUUGGACAGAAGUCACAAUAAACUUCAGUCCUUGUUCUCA